UAUUUCUGUUCAAUCGUGGUUAUACCAUGUAGUGAGACUUGCAAAAUGGAUGUAAAUGAAAACACCUACGGUAUGCUUCUUUUGGUGCUUUGUUCAUUGUGCAACAAUUCAGGGAGUGGAGCUGGCACCAAACUCAAAGAAGAUGCAGGAAACAUUCACAUACACACAAACAUUCACACUCACACACUGGCAGUCCUGUCAUCGACUCAUUGUUGCUCCACGGUAACUUCACUUUUGACAACAUGGACGAAUUGUUUCAGAACAGAAGAAUCGUCAUCUUGGGACCUGCAGCUGGGAAAAGCAGCCUGGGUAACACCAUAUUUCGAGAGAAGCGUUUUAAGAUUGGACAUACUUUCAACUCUGAAACAAGACAAUGUCAAGUAGAAACCAAAUCUGUCAAUGGAAGAAGCAUCACUUUAAUCGACACUCCUGGUUUCUUUGACACAGAUAGAUCUGAGGAGGAGCUGAAGCCUGAGAUAGUGAGGUGUAUCACAGAGUGCGCUCCUGGGCCUCAUGCUUUUCUCAUUGUGCUUAAAGUGGAGAAAUUCACAGAGCACGAGCAGGCUGUCAUCACCAAAAUGUGUCAAUACUUUUCUGAAGAAAUCUUCAAAUAUGCAAUAGUUGUCUUUACUCAUGGUGACCAGCUGCCUGAAGGACAGAUAAUUGAGGAAUAUGUCCUCCAGAAUGGGUUCAUGAGUAAUCUGGUGGCGAAGUGUGGCAGCCGGUGCCAUGUCAUUGAUAAUAAAUACUGGAACCAAAACACAAAGGAUGAAUACAGGAACAACCAGUUUCAGGUGGAGGAGCUACUCAAGUCCAUAGACAAGAUAAUUGAGGCAAACAAAGGACAUUGCUACACCAAUGACAGGCAGGCCAAGGUCAGCAUAUUAAAGAAGCUUUUGAGCAGACUGGCAUAUAUUGCAACAGUUGCACUGUCAAGCACAUAUUCAAUAAUAUAUGCUGCAGUGGGUUUGCUGAUACGAAAAGUUACACGACAUAAUGCAAUUCAGGGAACAGACACACCACAGGAAGCAUCAAAGAGGGCAGCAGAGGCUGAAAAGAAUAAAUCAGAUCUGGGACAGAUUGGGCUUGAUGAUUAGGUUUUUGUCUGACAAUCACUACCAAAGUUAAAAAAGAGUUCAAGGUCCAGUGUGUAACAUUUGGGAGGAUCUAUUGGCCUAGGAACAUUCAUAGGAACAGAAUGAGACGUUUUUUAUCUACAGAUGCUGUUGUUGUUGCAUAUCUCUACAGUAGCCCAAAAUGGACAAACAAAACACUGGCUGUACAUACAGACUUUCAUGUUGUUCGCCAGUUUCACAGCUACUGUAGUUUCUCCUACACGCCCAUUCUCAUUCCCAGGUUGUCAAAUUCAGACCCAAGUGGUGUUCAGUUAGUUGCAAUUUGCAACUUCACCACUAGGCACCACUACAUCCUACACACUGGUCCCUUAAAACCUAUAAUAAGCUGAGACUCUUGAAGAAGAGGAAGGAAGUUAUCUUUAAAACGCCAUAUGUCCCUGUAGAUCAAACAAAAAUCUUGUUAUAAAUAAUCAUUAACCAUUGAGAUUUUUAUGUUUAUUCAUAUAUACAUAUAUAAUAGGUUGUACUGCUUGUCAGAGCUUUAAACUUAGUCACUUAUUCCUGUAUCACACACUAACCACAGUGUCAGUUUGAUUUGUUGCCCAAUGUAACCACAAACCACAAGGAUAACAGUAACAGUAUCCAAAGAUAAGAUUUUAAAGACUGAAAUCAAACCAGUGUACACUGCUUGCUGUAUCUCUGCUCUUAAAACAUUGAUCACUGUUCUCUGUUGCAAAAGUUAACCAGAAAAUAUCACUUAAUGUAUACAAACAUUGUAUCUACAAUAUAUUGAUGCUGGAAAUGUUCAACAUCUUUGUGUAAGACAGGCUUCUGGUGCUCCUGCACUAAAUCCAUAUCAUUAAAAAUGAACCAUUAAUAAA